AAAAAACGUGGGACCCAAGAGACCUUGCUGUAACAAGCAUAGUGUUUCAUUUUGAUACGCAGAUUCAUCAAAAUCUCUUAUCUUCUUCUUAUUCACCACUGAUUGUUCCUCAACAACUUGUCAAAUCAUUUCUUUAUUACAUCAUCUCCCCUAUUCUUGGUUACUUCUUCUCCAAGAUCCAUUCCACAUUCAACUUUAUUUCCUGCUAAGGCAAACAAAGUCAGAUUCAGAUCUUCUUCAUUUUAAAACCAAGAAUCAAGAACUGUGUGUUUUGGAAAAUAUGAAGAUACAAUGUGAUGUGUGUGAGAAAGCUCCAGCGACGGUGAUAUGUUGUGCCGACGAAGCAGCUCUGUGCCCUAGAUGCGACGUUGAGAUUCAUGCAGCUAACAAACUCGCAAGCAAGCACCAACGCCUUCAUCUCAAUGCUCUCUCCACCAAGUUCCCUCGUUGCGAUAUAUGCCAAGAGAAGGCAGCUUUCAUAUUCUGUGUUGAGGAUAGAGCUCUGCUUUGCAGGGACUGUGAUGAAUCCAUCCAUGUUGCUAACUCUAGAUCUGCUAAUCACCAGAGGUUCUUAGCCACUGGGAUUAAAGUGGCUCUGAGCUCAAGUAGUUGCUGUAAAGAAACAGAUACGAAUCAACCUGAGCCUUCCAAGAAGCAACAGAAAGCUAAGGAGAUUCCAGCUAAAACCAUAAGCCAGCAACAACCUUCUUCUGCUACUACUCCUCUUCCGUGGGCAGUUGACGAUUUCUUCCACUUCUCUGAUCCUGAGACUACCGAUAAGCAGAAAGGACAGCUUGAUCUUGGGGAGUUAGAGUGGUUUUCAGACAUGGGUUUCUUCAGUGAUCAGAUAAGUCAGGAGAGUCUUCCUGUAGCUGAAGUCCCCGAGCUUUCUGGACCGCAUUUAGGAAAUGUUCAUUCAUACAGACCCAUGAAGUCGAAUGUUUCAUACAAGAAGCCAAGGCUGGAGUUCAGAGAUGAUGAUGAUGAAGAGCACUUCAUUGUCCCUGAUCUAGGCUAAAUUGCUAUAUGUAAGCUAUGUGUAAACAUUUCUCUAUGGGAAAGUAAGAAGGAAGCUAGAAACCUAUCUGUAUAAGGAGGAUGAUGCGUGGAUUCACUGUCAUAUCUUUAGUUUUGUUUAAGUUGAGUAACCUAUGUUGAGAGCUUAUUACACACUUUUCUAAUUUUCUGUCCGAAUCUUUAUAAAGUGUUUGUGUUUGAGUUUGUUCAUAUACCUCUUGGACAAGGAAUUUGCUACAAACUUGAAUAAUAAGUAAUCUUCCUCUGC